GAUCACCAACUGACACCCAAUCUGGAACCACCCGGUCUGGCUACGCGUCUGGGAGCUCAUCUCCCAUGUCGCGACCAGAGCCAGUGUAUCCCGUUACCGAAUCCACUGCCUGCCUGGGCCGGCACCUGGCUCGCAGACUGGUGGAGAUCGGAUGCAAUGAUAUAUUCACGGUGCCGGGGGACUUCAACCUGGUGUUGCUGGAUCACCUGAUCAGUGAACCCGGGAUCAACAACAUCGGGUGCUGCAACGAGAUCAAUGCAGGGUAUGCGGCGGAUGGGUACGCGCGAUGGAAGGGCGUAGGCUGUGUCGUGGUCACGUUCACCGUUGGCGGGCUCAGCGUCAUCAACUCCAUCGCUGGCGCAUACAGCGAGAACCUCCCGGUGAUCUGCAUCGUCGGAGGGCCCAAUUCCAACGAUUUCGGUACUAACCGCAUCCUGCAUCACACCAUUGGCGUUUCCGAUUUCAGCCAGGAGGCUCGAUGCUUCCAGGCUGUGACAUGUUUUCAGGCGGUCAUAAACUGCUUGGAUGAUGCGCACCAGCUUGUGGAUCGCGCCAUAUCGACCUGCCUGCUGGAGAGCAAGCCCGUGUACAUCAGCGUGAGCUGCAACUUGGCCGGCAUCGAGCACCCGUCCUUCACCCACAGCACCAUUCCUUACGCAAUCAAAGAGCAGAGGAGCAACAAAACCUCGCUCGAAGCAGCACUGGACGCCGCAGUCAAGUUCCUGAACCACACUGUAAAGCCAGUCCUCGUCGGAGGACCGAAACUGCGUCUCGGCAAGGCCAAGGAAGCAUUCCAGGAACUGGUGGAAGCGAGUGGAUAUGCCUACGCCACCAUGCCGUCAGCGAAAGGCCAACCUCUAGAAUCGCACCCGCACUUCAUCGGCACAUACUGGGGCGCCGUGAGCUCACCCUUUUGUCUAGAAAUUGUGGAAUCCGCCGACGCGUACAUCUUCGUGGGGCCGAUCUUCAACGAUUACAGCUCAGUGGGGUACUCGUUGUUUCUGAAGAAGGACCACAUGAUUGUGGUGAACCCGGACCGCGUGCAGAUAUGCGGUAAAGCCGAGUUCGGAUGCGUGCUGAUGAAGGAUUUUUGCAUGGAGCUCUCGAAACGGAUCACACGAAACUCCACAUCUUUCGAGAAUUACAAGAGGAUUCAUGUCCCCGAGGGCACCAUCCCCUCUUCCGGUGCUCAGGAUCCACUGCGUGUUAAUGUGCUCUUCAAGCACAUUCAGGGUAUGCUGUCACAUGAUACUGCUGUACUUGCUGAAACAGGGGACUCAUGGUUCAACUGCCAGAAAUUAAAAUUGCCUGCUGGUUGUGGAUAUGAGUUUCAAAUGCAGUAUGGCUCUAUUGGGUGGUCUGUAGGUGCUUUACUAGGUUAUUCCCAGGCCUUGAAGGGAAUAAAACGUGUGAUUGCCUGUAUUGGUGAUGGUAGUUUUCAAGUCACAUGUCAAGAUGUCUCAACUAUGAUGCGGCAAAAUCAAAAUAGUAUUGUGUUCCUUAUAAACAAUGGAGGCUAUACAAUUGAAGUAGAGAUCCAUGAUGGACCCUAUAAUGUGAUCAAAAAUUGGAAUUAUGUAGCCAUGAUCCAAGCUAUUCACAAUGGAGAAGGAAAUGUGUGGGCAACCAAGGUUACAAAUGAACCACAGUUGAUCGCAGCCAUUGCAACAGCCACAACUGAUAAGAAAGAUGCAUUUUGUUUUAUUGAAGUAAUAUGUCACAAAGAUGAUACUAGCAAAGAGCUUUUAGAAUGGGGCUCACGAGUGUCUGCCGCAAAUGGGAGACCCCCUUCAAUUCAAAUUUGAUUAUCCUUUACAACCUUCUUGCUUGUUCACUUUUUUGUAAAAAAAAUUAUUUUAUCCUAUAAUUUUAUCCUUUAGUUUUAAUAAUUUUAGGAUUGCAAGGCUUGUUGCAUAUUCACAUAGUCAGGCUUCACUUGGAACUCGCCUUAUUGUUGAAAUAAAAUUCAUGUGUAAAUCAUUGUAGAUUUGGAGCAUUUAAACCCCUUUUUGGGGGUUUUCAAUGUUUGAUUGCAAUGGACAAUCAAAUGUGAUCUAAUAAUGUAACAAAAUUGUUGGAAAAAAAAUCAAGUUUGUGUGAA